UGCAGCGCUCCAUGUGCUUGAGGGCUGGCUUUUUCCAAGUGGAAUUGCCACGUUCUGUGGGAUCCUAUAUAAGGGUCCCACCCCCGAGCCCAGUAAUUGAAGUAUCUCGGAUUCUAGUAUACCGAUUGUACCCCAAUUUCCUGAAAUUACAAUAUUACACCUUCUACGACCAUGACCUCAAAAUUGACCGCUCAAUCCCUCCGUAAGCUAUCCAACGGUGUCUCCAUCCCAGCCAUUGGCUUUGGUGUGUACCAGACUCCUGCCGGAGAAGCGUUGUCUAUCGUCAGCGAAGCCCUUAAGGCUGGGUACCGUUUAAUUGACUCGGCUGCUAUCUAUGGAAACGAAGAAGAAGCCGGUGAGGGUAUUGCUAAGUUUUUGAAGGCCAAUCCCUCCGUCCAUAGAUCGGAGGUGUACUACACCACCAAGAUCUGGAAUGACGACCACGGCUACGAAGCCACCAAGGCAGCGAUCCAGAAGUCGUUGCAGAAGGUUGAAAAAUCGAUUGGAUAUAUCGACUUGAUUUUGGUCCACAGUCCAAUUUCUGAUAAAGAGAAAAGAUUAGGAACCUGGAAGGCCUUGCAGGAAGCUGUCGCCCUGGGCUCUGUCAAGUCUAUUGGUGUGUCCAACUAUGGAGUCAAGCACUUGGAGGAGUUGCUCGCGUGGGACGGUUUGGUUAACAAACCAGUUAUCAAUCAAAUUGAGCUGCACCCUUGGUUACCAAGAAAGGACAUCACCUCGUUUGCGGCCAAGCAUGACAUCUUGAUCGAGGCUUAUUCUCCUCUCACCCAAGGUAAGAAGAUUAAUGACCCAGAGUUGGUUCAGGUUUCCGCCGAGUUGUCUAAGAACGCCGGUAAGACCAUCAGCCCGGCACAAACUUUAAUCAGAUGGUCAUUGGAACAAGGAUUCAUUCCGUUGCCAAAGACCGCAACUGUGAGCAGAAUUCCGGAAAACUUGGAUGUUUUCGGUUGGGAGUUUACCGAUGAGGCCCGCAAGACCUUGGACAAGGAUUCCUACGAGGUUUUGACCUGGGACCCAACCGUUUACGAAGACCCAAAAUAGGCAAACUCGUGCAUUGUAUGGACUAUACCCGUCUGAAGCAUCCAAUAUUUCCUGUACAGGCUCUGAACUGGGACUUAGUUUUACAUUCCUUCUUGUUUUCUCCGUACUUAUCCAAUUUUUUUUAUUGCUACUUAUCGAAUUCUAGGCCCAUUAAUCGAUCUUAAAUCGCACGAGAGCUAAUAUUCGGAUUCUUGCUGAUACGCUCG